AAAAUCUAAGUCCAAACUGCAUUCAUUCAUAUGAAAUGCGCCCGGUAAGAGAGAAGAGAGCGCACCGAAGAGCGGAGAGACCUGCAAACGAGAAUGUGGGAUAGAGAUAGCAGGUCUAUCCCCCAACCCCGAAACACGACAAUGCAGUUGGGGGCUGAAGAGCGAGAGAGCCAAGCCGAACUACACGAGCAACCGGCUGUCAGAUUGGAACUCGUGGGAGAGAGUGAGAGGGAGAAGAAGCCGCCUGGAAGCUAAACAACCAGAGGCAGGGCAAACACACACGCUGAUACGAUGCCUGUUUCAUUCGAAAUUCGCCAACCGGCAGCAGUGGAGCCACAAACAAGAAAAAGUAUCAGCUGCGGGGAAGUGGCGCUGGCACGGAAUUAGAAUAUUAACGUCGACGACCAGUUAUCGCACAAUUAGUACGCGGGCGAGAAUUGAUACCGCGAUACUGAGGACAAGAACAAGUCUGGCAAACACCCGAAAUUACCGCAACACCCAAGUGCCGUAUUAAAUACAAUAGUACAGCUUAAACAUGUAUACGAAAAUCUUCCGAACUGUGAUAAUCGGCGCCCCUGGCUCAGGGAAGGGAACCAUUUCGGAGCUAAUUGUCAAGACAUUUGGCUUCCUCCACAUCUCUACGGGUGACAUUCUGCGCCAGAAUAUCCUAAAGAACACCGAUUUGGGCAAACGAGCUCAACAGUACAUUGCUGCCGGCCAGCUGGUUCCAGAUGAUAUUGUGACAAAGACGAUGCUGGGACGUAUCACAGAGGUGGGCAACAAGUCAUACAUCCUGGAUGGAUUCCCUCGCAAUACCGCCCAGGCGGAGGCGCUGGCUGCCCGCGAGCAGAUCGAUGCCGUGAUCACGCUCAACGUUCCCCAUGAUGUGAUCAUCGACCGAGUGAAGGACCGCUGGAUUCACGCCCCCUCCGGAAGGGUAUACAAUAUAGGCUUCCACGACCCCAAGGUGCCGGGAAAAGACGAUGUUACGGGCGAGCCGCUGACCCAACGAGAGGACGACAAACCGGAGGUAGUAGCCAAGCGGCUUAAACUCUACGAUGAACUGAUGAGUCCAGUAAUAGCCUGGUACGAGCAGCACGGUCUGGUUACGAACUUUUCGGGGCGCAAGACCAAGGAAAUCUGGCCUCGUGUGGAGCGCUUCCUCAGGGACAAAGUUAACAAGUAAAUGGGCGGGACCGCCUGCAAUUUCACCCUAUGUGCACAAAAUAAUGAUCAAUUGCUGUGUUCAAUUAAGUGCAUAACAUAUUUAGAUAUAUUAACUUGUACGUAUGCUA